AUGCCGCAAUCGGUCACAUCUGCUGUUCCAAAACGAAGUUAUAGAAAAGAGGCGAUUGUAGCCGUUGCUGCAGUAGGAAUCGUUGUUAUCGUUUGGAAUUUGAGAUCCGGAUUUUGGAAAUUCCUUGGACUCUCCUGUUCGAGUGUUUCGGAAAAAUCUGAUGCGUCGAACUCAGCUCCUGAGAUCUGGGAUUCUUCUACUCCAAAGUCUGUAAAUGGUACUUCAGAACCCAUAGCAACGUCAUCAGAAAAGCUGGAGAAACCAGCAACUGUUGAACAAAAGUCACUUGAGCAAAUUGGAAAUAGUGCUCCCGAAUCAACCGAAAAACCCACUGCUUCUGUUUACGUCGGUCUCCCGAAAGCAGAUCCAGCGACUGUCUCGACUUCAAUCCAACCCCCAAACUGGCCAGGAGCUACUCCUCGCUGA